AAACUCAAAGACAGUUCUGUGAACCCCUCAAUGACACAAAUUACGUAAGUCUAACCUGUCCUUCCUGUAUGCUUCUUUUCUUCCAGCUGGUUGUUAGACCGUGCACAUUGUAAAUGAAUGGUAACCAUCUCCUUGGCAAUAAUGGGUUAAAUCACACAAGGAAGUACCUGUGUGGUCAUUUACAAAGGGAGUAAAGUCUGUGAGAGAAAACAACAAGGAAGAGGUUCUUGGAUUGGCAGCGUUUCCUCAUGACGAGCUGUUUCACCAUUUGUUUUAUCCUAAACUUGUAGCUGGUAAAGUAUUAGAUGUGGUUACAGAGGAAAGUCUUUAAAGCCGGUUGUGUUAAACUGCAUCAGAGAAAUGGCCAGUGAACCACAGAGACAUGGCUCAAGUAAGCUGUAUGACUAUACUGAAGAGAAUGGUUACCCUGGUGACCAGCAGUCACUGAAGUCACGAUGGGUUUCAUCUCGAGUGUCCAAUCAGAACUAUCCUCAGUUCAACUGGAGCUCGACCCCUGCAGAGGAGGAUGAAGAGGGCGACAGUGGACUGCCCCGGGACCUCAGGGGCAUCCCUUUGCCCAUGGCACUGAAAAGAGCUGUGCGGCAGGUGCAGCAAAUGCAGGUGCCUGUGGUAUCCAGCAGGGAGUCCUGGAAACGGAACAAGGCCAAAUCUCUGCGUAAACUCAAAGACAACGCCAGUGGAUAUCUCUACUUUUUCGCACUGUGGCGCAAGUCCUUGCAAAAGAUUGGAGGGAACUUCGGCGGUGGCGUCCAGUCUUACUUCCUGUUCCUGCGAUUCUUGGUGGUGCUCAAUUUUGUUUCCUUUUUACUGAUUGCUGGAUUUGUCCUCAUCCCCAGCAUUGUCUUCAGAUCUGUUGGGACCAGCCUUGUUAACAGCACUGGUCCAGAGGAAUGCAUGGCUUAUGAUCCUGAUCCUCAAGGCUUGGUGGUGUUCUAUAAUUACUUCCUUUACUUACUUUCGGGAACGGGCUUUAUGGAGUAUUCAUACAUGUUUUAUGGCUACUACAACAACACAAUGGUGGACGACAGUAACUUCUCCUACAACAUCCCCCUGGCCUACCUCUUCACUGCUGUCUUCUACUUUGCCUUUUGUCUCAUUUGUAUCAUAGCACGCAUGGGGACUGCAGCUCGAGUUGCUGUGGCAACGGGAGGCAGCGCCGUGGGCAACUACAGCAUGAUAGUGUUCACCAGCUGGGACUACGGUUGCCUGGGAGACCAAGCUACCACACUGAAGCAGAAAAACAUCCACUACCGGCUGCAGGUGGAUCUGGAGGAGGAGAGCAUAAAGAAAAGGGCAGCUUCUCUGACUUUGGGUCAAAAAAUUGUUUUAUACUUUCUACGUGUUUUUAUGUGUUUUGUUGCAUUUGGGCUCAUUAUAGCAGCCUUCUACGGGAUCUUCAAAGCCACCAUCUUCAGCCAGGAAAAGAGCGGUGUGGAAGGGAUCCUGGGUUUGAUUUUUGAGUACCUACCUUCCAUUGUCAUCACCACCGGAAACUUCCUGGUGCCGCCGCUGUGUGACCAGAUCGCCUUGAUAGAGCGAUAUGCCCCCAGCACUACUGUCAUAGUGGCACUAUUAAGGGCAGUGUUCCUUCGUCUGGUGAGUCUGGGUGUUCUCCUCUUCACCCUGUGGCGUCAGAUCACCUGCGAUGGGCACACAAACAGUGGAGAUUGUAAACUGUGCCAAUACAACUAUAAUGUCUACCCGUGCUGGGAAACACGUGUAGGACAGGAGAUGUACAAGCUGACACUGUUUGACCUCCUCAUCAACAUUGCUGUGCUCAUCCUGGUGGAGUUCCCACGCAGGAUGGUGGUGGACAACUGGUCCAGUAAGCUGGCUCAGUGGGUGGGCCGGCAGGAGUUCGUAGUUCCCUCCAAUGUGCUUGGACUGGUUUAUGGUCAGACUGUGGUUUGGACAGGAGCUCUUUUUUGCCCUCUGUUGCCACUUAUCAACACCAUCAAGUUUGUCAUCCUCUUCUACUGCAAGAGGAUCACACUCUUAUAUAAUUGUCGGCCAGCAGUGAGGACGUUUCGUUCCACCACCUCCACCUUCUUUUUCCUGGUGGUACUCCUGUUUGGUUGGGGCCUGGCCACAGUUGUCAUGGUUUACAGUCUUUCUGAGAUCCGUCCUUCUAUGGGUUGCGGUCCUUUCCGUUUCUUCCCCAACAUGUGGUCGAUUGUUCCAACCUCUUUCUACAACCUCUCUAAAAUUACACAAGAGUUUCUCUUCUUCAUUGGUUCCCAGGCAUUCUCCAUUCCUCUGUUUGUGUUAUUUUGUGUGCUGAUGUGUUAUUUCGUAGCCUUAGCCUCUGUCUAUGGGAAAAGUGUUGCCCUGCUAAGAGCUCAGCUUAAACUGGAGGGCCGUGACAAGCAGUUCUUGGUCAAGCAGAUCGAGGAGCUGAGUCGACAACUUCAGAUACCAAAACACACUGUAGGAGCACAAGACUGAGCAUACCAUAGGGACCAUGUUUAGUUUUUAUGACCUUUUAAAUCCGAAACAACAUGAUGAGGCAUCAUGUAUGUACAUACAUAAAUAUACAUAUAUAUGUUCUGUGUUUGCAGCGUGAAGGGGGCUUUUAUUUAAUUGUGCAGCCCUGUAUUGUAGAAUGACAAAUAAAUGUACCUUGUACCUUGAAAGAAGUGUAUGCACCCUAAAUGUAUAAAGUCAGUGUCAUAUAAUGUUUAGCAGACAAUCCUACAAGAUUAUUGAAUUAUAGAUGUUGUGGUUCUUAACAGAUCAGAUAGAUUUAUGUUUUCUAGGAACAUUUUAAAAAGGGAAAUUAAAACAUGUUCUUUAUAAACCUACCUAAGUUAGCAAUACAUAGUUAAAUUACAUAAAGCCAUGCAAAGAGUGCCUUUGUUAUAAAUGCAAAGUUUCACCACUUUUGUAUGUCCAUGAAAAUAAGAACUGUAUGUCUUUUUUUCUUUUACGUUAUAAAAUGAGAGAAAGUAUA